AUGUCCGAUAUUACGAAAAGAAGAAAAUCCCUUAUACUGUCACAGAAGGUUUAUCAGUACAUUCUAAACACUUAUGGUAAUAAAUCUGAGUUGACUUUAAUGUGCUUUGAAGAUAUUCUUACAUUAAGAAUAUUUAUAGAUACUGAACACGAGUCAGAAUUAUCAGAAUGUACAUAUGAUUCUAUUAAAUCGACUUUUGAUUUAUAUAACAAAGCAAGUGUGCCAUAUAAACCAGCACAAUUAGAUUUAUUAAAACAAGCAACAAAUUUUGAAAUCAUUCGACCUUUUUUUGAUGACUUUCUUCCUACUAUCUUUGGAUUUAAAUCUAAACCUAAGAAGAAGAGAAAAAAAUUGGAUGAUUUAGCAUUACUUUGGGUGGAACAACUUGAACACAUUAAUUCUCAGAAUUACAUAGGAAUACCAACUACUUUAAAAGAUCUUUUUAUGAAUUUUUAUAAAAGAUUGGAAAAUGAGGAAAUUAUUAUAAAAUAUCACAUUCAAGGUGAUAUAUAUCGUCAACAUAAAAAACAGAAACAAAAUAACAUAAAUGUAAAUUUUAAUAAUAUGUAUUAUUAA